AUGACUGCUGAACUGAAACCCCCUGUGGCUCGCCGUGAAGAAGACCGUGUCGUCUAUGCUGGUGCUGCUCCUCCUGGUUGGGACCCAAAGAUUGUCCGUCAAUCAGAGUCAUCAAAGGAGAAGUUGUUGGACCCUCCAGUGCCCGUGCCUGAUCCCUAUGGAUGGAUGCGAGACGAUGAACGCAAAAAUGAAGAGGUUCUAGAGCAUCUCAAAAAGGAGAAUGAGUACUCCAAAGGUUUGACCCAACAUUUGGACGGCCUCCGUCAGACCCUCUAUGACAGCAUGUUGAGCAGCAUUGUCGAGACGGACUACACUGUUCCUCGCCCUGAUGGUGACUACUACCUUUACUCUCGCACAUUCAAGGGAAAGUCCUACCGAAUGCACUGCAGGGCUCCCCGUGACAAAACGAAGCCACUACAGAAAAUUGAAUGGGAUGGAACCGCCGAGUCACCCAUUUUGCCGGGAGAAGAGGCGUACAUGGAUGUCAACGUGUUGGCCGAGGGCAAAGAAUUUUGUAGCCUUGGAGGCUUGGCGAUUUCACCCUCCAAGAAGCUAUUAGCCUACUCCGUGGAUUUUUCGGGUGAUGAGACUUAUCACCUGCAUGUGAUCAACCUGGCGACCAAAGAACAGAUCUUUCAGGAUCCCAAAUUGAUCAUUAGGGGAUCGAUCAAGUGGGGUCUGGAUGAUUCCGACAUUUACUACCACACAAUGGAUGAAACUAAACGACCUUACCAAUUCUGGAGGAAGAGGCUCAACAGUGGUGUCGCAGACGAGCUGCUCGAUCAAGAGGACGACCCUCAGUUCUGGUCUGGUUCCUUCAAAACCAUUGACGAACGAUACAUUGUGCUGGAGAAGGGAUCUGGCGAGACCUCAGAAGCAUGGUUUAUUGAUCUAGAAGCCGACAAAGAAUCCUCUGGAAGCACGACAAAGCUUGAAUGCAUUGCUCCUCGACGUUAUAGGACUUUGUAUGAUGUCGAUUACCGCACAGGGUACUGGUGGAUUACAUCAAAGACUGGAGAAGAAACCCCCAAUAUGCGCUUGUUCACAGCACCUGCCGAGGCAAAUUGUCAAGAUGAAUGGAAGUUGAUUGAAGGCCCUGAUGGCAAACCCUUGUUUGAUGGUGGUUAUGAUCGUGCCCUCCACGGUGUCAGUGCCUUUGAAUCUCAUGUUGUAGCCCAUGGACGAGAAGGUGGAAUUCCAAAAGUUUGGAUCAUGGGCAUGGAUGGAGGAAAUGCAGUGAGCAGCUUUGAAGCAUUGACAUUUGAUGAAGAAGCCUACGAUUCUGGUUUGAGUGGUCACUACGAAUACAAGACAGAUACAAUUAUGGUCUGGUAUGAUUCCUUGAUCACACCUACGCAAUGGAUGGAGAUUUCCUUGGCCAAUCUGAGCGAAAGGGUGGUUGUCAAGCAGAAGAAGGUGCCAAACUACAACAAGGAAGAAUAUGACUGCGAUCGCUAUUUGGUCACUUCUCGAGAUGGAAGCGCCCAAAUCCCAGUUUUGAGAGUAUACCGAAAGGAUGUCAUGCAGGAACACCAGGCUGGUGGAAAGCCUGUGCCAACCCACCUUUAUGGAUAUGGAUCCUAUGGUCAUUGUUGUGAGGCAGAGUUUGUUACCACUCGCUUGGAGCUCAUGCGUCGUGGCGUGGUCUAUGUCAUUGCACAGAUUCGUGGCGGCGGGGAACUGGGUCGCCAAUGGUAUGAAGAACCCAAUGGUGCCAAAUACCUCUGCAAGAAAAACACCUUCAACGACUUUGUGGAUGUGGCAAGGGAUCUUGUUGAUGGCAAGAAGCUAACCACCCCGGAACUCCUUUCAUGCGAGGGCCGCAGUGCUGGUGGACUGCUCAUCGGUGCAACGAUCAACCAGGCACCAGAACUCUUCAAGUUUGCCCUGAUGGGAGUUCCUUUUGUUGAUAUCGUUUGUACCAUGAUUGACUCUUCCAUCCCACUCACCACCAAUGAGUGGGAAGAAUGGGGGAAUGUCAAUGAAGAAAAGUACUUCAAGUAUAUGAUGGAGUAUUCUCCCAUGCAAAAUGUCAAGGACGGAGCCAAAUACCCCAAUAUCCUCAUGAUUUGUGGUUUGAAUGAUAGCCGAGUUCCCUACUGGGAAGCCUGCAAAUUGGCUGCUACUAUUCGGCACAAGCACGGCGCAGAAUCAGGGUCUGUCUGUGUCAAAAUUGAAAUGAGUGCAGGGCACUUCAGUGCAAGCGACCGAUACAAGUAUUACCGUGAGUUGGCAUUUGAUUAUGCAUAUUUGCUGGAUCAGCUUGGUCUGGCCAACACCGACGCCAAAUAA